AAAGGUAUACUCCAUUAUUAAACAGAUUCGCACAGUUUUCCUUCAAUGAGUUUCUUAAUCAUCAACUUCUCAAACAAUAAUUAAAGUAGUGUUAUACUAUAUGACGGACAUCAAAUAAUAUCAAUUAAUCCAAUAUUCCUAUUCACCGAACCAUACUUUGUCAUUAUUAUGGGUAAUACUCAUCACCCAUAUACACAAAAUAUUCAACGGAAAGUUCUCCAUUUCGAAAGAAAUUGAGGAACAUCCAUGCUCAUUUUAAGUCCAAUCAUAAUAUUGAUUAAAAACAUUUUUGUACUCCGCAUAUUCACAAUAAUGAUUGGACAAAUUUUAAAACUAUUCCGAAAAUUAUUAUGUAUGUUCGUCAUCCUUCUAAUGACGUCACAUCAUGUGCUUCCGUCUCCUCUCAUCACCAACUCAACUCUCCACAAACGACAAACUCCAUUGGACGAAUCUGAGAACUCACGCAAUGUAUUCACAGUGGACGAUCCAAACGAAAUGGGGAAUGGUAAAAUCAGACAUAAAAGACAAGAAUGCCAAGGCGGUUUCGAAUGUGACGAUGACCAAUGGUGCUACAACAACAUGUGUGAAUAUCCGUGUCCUAAACUUGCCUGCGAGAGGGUUCAUCCACCAGAUGGUCGUUGUAUAGUGAGGGACCACCAACCUGUGUGUGUAACGGCCGAAGGCUUGACUGAGCAGGAACUGUUGAAGAAGAAUGGAGGCUGCACAUUCAGCUCGGACUGUGGUGCCAAUGAGUGGUGUCAUAACGACAAGUGUGAAGACCCCUGUCUGAAAAUGAAUUGUGGCGCAAUUUAUGACAAUGGAAAAUGUUCCGUGGAAAACUAUCAACCAGUCUGCAAACCCAGUGACGAGAUCAUAAACCCGGACGAUUCAGGUUCAAAUAGGGAAAAAGGUUCCCGAGUAGAUGUGACAGGGUUCGCUCUACCGAUCAGCUUCUGGUACCCUGAUCAGUACACCACCACUUACACUUAUUUCUCACUCUACAUUCUGCAAGUUAUCUACCUCUAUCUUUUUGCUGGAUACAUGUACUGUGGUCUCACGUCUGGUUUUAUGGCUCUCAAAAUUACAAUUUAUGAUCUGAAGUUUUUGUGUCUCACUGUACAAGAAUGGGAUGGAGAUAAUAUCGAGAAUAAUACAAGUGAUGUUCAUUGCGAGUAUGGUAAUCGGUUGGGUGAGGAUUGCAACAUGUGUUUAAAAUAUUCGGAAAAUGAUAGUUCUGAGUAUGAUCUAUCUUCAUUGAGAGCUGGUAUUGUUGGAGUGAUAAGGUUCCAUGAUAUUAUUUGCAGCAGGGCAAGUAGUAUGAAUAAGGAUUUCGAAAUGAUGUAUACAAUUUUGAAUAAUACAAUUUGCUUUCAAAUAUGUGUGUGCCUCUACUCUUCAGCAAAGAUGGACGACUUGGUUCUAAAAUUGGAGAAUUUUGUGAUCGUUAUACCUCUGGCAGGCAUGUUAUUUCUCUAUUGUUUUUACGCUCAACAAUUGUUGAAUGAGGGUGAAAAAUUUCGAACAACACUUUGGGAAAGCAAUUUCAUUGACAAGCCGAAAUGGUUCAAAUCGUCAAUGUUGAUAAUCAUGAUUCGCAUCGCUAAAGAACUGGAAAUAAAGCCAUUCGGAUUCUAUGUUCUGAAUUUGAGAACAUUUUCUAUGGUAAUGAAAGCAGCCUAUUCUUAUUAUAGUAUGCUUAAUUCACUGAAGAAGAGAAUAUGAAAAAGGAAAAUAAUUACCUUAUUAUGAAGAUUGACAGAAAUUUCUUUCUAUAGAAUUUCUAUAGUUUCAAUUCAAAAUUUGUUCAAAAAUUGA